ACAACACUUAUAUAAAUUGACACAGACCCCCCAACAACAACAACAACAAUAGCCAGCUUAUCACGCAGUAGCAACAACAACAACAUCAGUAGAAGCAUCACCAGAAAGCAAGAACAACAGUUUAUCUCAAAAAUAUUCAUAUACGAAAAAUAAAAAAAUAAGAGAAGCCGGCAUCCGUGUGUGCUGCUGCUGUGGGUGUGUGCGUAACAGCAGCACUAGCAACAAAAAAAAUUUUAUAAUUUUUUGCGAAAAAUAUCUUUUUUUUUUUCUCUGUUGGCAUUGUUGCAAGCUGCGAGCUGUAAACACCAAGCUACAAAAACAACAACAGCAAGGCGAAAAUGGCACGCGGCUUCGAUCAUCUGUUCAAGCUGCUUAUAAUUGGCGACAGCGGCGUUGGCAAGUCAUCGCUGCUCAUCCGCUUCUCGGACGACACGUUCUCGGGCAGUUACAUCACCACGAUCGGAGUGGACUUCAAGAUCCGCACCGUGGACAUCGGGGGACUGCGAGUGAAGCUCCAGAUCUGGGACACAGCCGGUCAGGAGAGGUUCCGGACGAUCACCAGCACAUACUACCGGGGCACGCACGGCGUCAUUGUGGUCUACGAUGUGACGAACGGGGAGUCCUUUGCGAACGUCCGCCGCUGGCUGGAGGAGAUCCAAAACAACUGUGACGUGGUGAACAAAGUAUUAGUUGGCAACAAGAACGAUGAUCCGGACAGGAAGGUGGUGAUCACCGAGGACGCGCAGCGCUUCGCGAAACAAAUGGACAUCGAACUGUUCGAAACAUCCGCCAAAGACAACAUCAACGUGGACGAAAUGUUCCUGUCGAUAACGAAGCAGGUGCUCCAGCACAAGCUGCGCACCACCUCCAACGAGCAGCAGAAGGACACGAUCCACCUGAAGAACACCCCGGGCACCAAGCGUCGGAAAUGCUGCAGUUGAAAGCGGCUCCGGCAUGGUAAAUGGCACUGCAACUGGAACCGGAACUGGAGUUGGACGGAAGAUCAGAUCGAGGCGAUGGCGUGGCGUCUGGAGAGGGUGGCUCCUGUGAGACGACGCAGAAGGCGCGGGAGGAGCAGGAGCAGGAGCUGGGAGAGCCGUACCCGGGACUGGAUCGAGGCCAGAGCCGUGGGAAACGUUGCGGGGGGCGCGUAGUUAGUAGGACUUGUGGGUUAUUCGGCGUAUGGAUACUACGGCACACACACACUCACACAAACACUAUAUAUAUAUAUAUAUAUGUACGGCGUACACCCACACCGUUAGAAAUAGCUUACACCAACAACAACACACCACACACACACAUACACACACACCUCACAUAGAGACAACCAAUUUUUGUUUUGUUUUUUUUUCCCCCUUCCCCCGAUCGUAAUGUGUUUUAUUCGGAAUAAUGCCAGAAUAGCCGUAAAACAAAAGUGUAAAAGUGUAAAGCGCAAUUAAAUGUAUUUAGCAAUUUA